GUUCUUGCGGCCACUUUCUCUCUUAUGACUUCCAGAGGGCUUUAGGGUUCCUUGACUGUAAAGCUCUCUGACAGCUCCAAAUCCUACGGGCCUCGACCCUUCCCACCUUGCUACUUGUUCCUACACUGUCGCGGCCCCAGGCUCGUGUGGCCGCUUCCUUUUCUGCGCUGGGAUUCUGUGCAGGGUCGCAGCACCCUGGAUAAGUGUACACGGCCGGGAUUCAGACCAGCCCCGCCACCUUGCCCGUGGUCACCUUAUCUGACCUUCCUGUGUCAGGUUCCUCAUUCACAAAAUAGGGAUAAAAAUGACCUCAUUGCAGCUUUUGUGAGGAUUAAAUGAGCUUGUAUUUAUUAAGUUGCUUAGAACAGUGCCUGGCACAUAUCAUUUGCAUCAUAGCACAUCACUGUAUAAAGUUGCAUCCCUCCCCUGAUAGGCUAUUAGCUUUAUGAAACCGCAGGUUUAGUCCAGGUCACUGCUCUAUCUUCAGGGCCUAGAACAGCACUUGGUGAAGGGGGUUGGGGGUGGGGGAUCACAAAUUUCUGAAGAAGAAAAAUAAGGUAGAACAUAUGAUUUUAUAAUAAGCCAUUAUUUGCUGAACCUGUAGAAAACAUUAUCACAUACCUACUGCAUAAUUUUAAAAAUUUGAUUAAUUAUUGCUGAUACAUACACUAUAUCGGUACUAAGAAAAGUAUCUUCUCACCCUCCAAGCUAAUAAUUCUUGGGGAAAUUGUUGCCUUCAUACUUCACCAUGUUGCUGGUGGCAUUGGGAAUUGAUAGUCUUUUUGGCAAUUUAUUUGAUAAUACACAGCAAGACAGAAUUUGCCACUUUUCUUUGACCCCUGUAAGCAGAAGUCUUGGGGUAUACGUGAAAGAAAUGAUUUGAAAGGAGAAAAAUAGUUUAUUCAUAAAGAUGUGCCUCCCAGCAUUACAUUUAUAAUAGUAAAAAUUCAGAAAGAUAAGUAAAAUAGAUGUUAUGGACUGGAAGUAGAAAUGAUAUGAAAAUACAUUAAGAUGGAGGAAUAUACAAUUGCUUUUUCUUUUGAAUGGUUCCUUUAAUAUUGAAGUAAAGGUUAUUUUAUACAAUUAGUAAAAGCUGAAAAAAAUCCACACAAAAAUACUUCUAUGAGACUUUUUUUUUUUUAGAACUCUUUGCAGCAGGCUAGAUAAAAUUAAUCAACUACUUUGAUUAAUAGAAUUAAUCAAAAUUAAUUCUGCUCCAGAAUUGGCUUUUUACAGGCUUCUCUUACUUCUACUCUCUGGAAGCUUUUAUGUGAUCCUGGCUGAUCUCUUAUUGUAAUUUUUAAUCAGCCUUCUGGGCAUGGUUUUCAAAAUAAAUUGGGAAUUACUUAUGUAUGUGAAUUAAUCCAUUUUAACUCUUUGAUUCUUUUAGAGAAGUAUUCAGUUAAAGCAUGGUAUAUUUUAAGACAAAGGGCAGUACAUUCUAUAAUGUCUUAUGUUUCUAUUUUUAGUUUUAUGGUUGUUCUAAGAAGUAUUUAUUUGUCUUUGUCUCCACUUGUUUCUUUAAUCAUUUUGACGAGUGUCGAUAAAGCCAGCUUUACAUCCUUAAAGAUUAAAGCCUAGCUGUCCUGAGCUAUUCCAAGUCAAAAUGUCUGCAAAAUUGGGAAAGUCAUCAACACUUCUUCCACAAACUUCAGGAGAGCCAGACAGGAUUCUGAUAGUGAAGAUGGAAGAGGAAGAGCAGGCCUGUGAUCGGGACUCCAACCUCCACUGGAGCAGCUGCUACAGCCCAGAAACCUUCCGCCAGCAAUUCAGGCAGUUUGGCUACCAGGAUUCAUGUGGGCCCCGGGAGGCCCUGAGCCGGCUCCGGGAACUGUGUCAGCUCUGGCUGAGGCCAGAGGUGCACACCAAAGAGCAGAUCCUGGAGCUGCUGGUUCUGGAGCAGUUCCUGGCCAUCCUGCCUGAGGAGUUGCAGGCCUGGGUGCAGAAGCAUCGACCAGAGAAUGGAGAGGAAGCUGUGACUGUGCUGGAGAAUGUGGAGAGAGAGAGCUUGAUGGACCAGCCAAGUCUUAUUUUCUGAACAAAGAGAGCACGGUUUUGCAGAGAUGCUGCACCUCAGGGAAUAUCUCAGGGGUCACCAAGCAGCCGACUCAAGCCCAUCAAGAAGCAGCAGCAGUGGGCAUCCUGGGAGCUCCACUCAAGACAAAAUGAGGAAAACACCAAAACUAUAAAUGUGGAAUCAGCUUUAAGGAGGAAGAGUUCUUCAGGCAUAGAACUGCAUUCUGAUGUUUCCAACACUCUUCAGAGUUUCACAUAUAAAAGAACCUAUGAACAAAAUGGCAGGUUUGAAAGAAGACAGAGAAACCCCUCGCAGAAGAAACAACACAAGUGUGAUGAAUGUGGCAAAAUUUUUAGUCAGAGCUCAGCCCUUAUUCUACAUCAGAGAAUCCACAGUGGGGAGAAACCGUAUGUGUGUGAAGAAUGUGCAAAGGCCUUUAGCCAAAGUGCAAUCCUUAUUCAGCAUCGAAGAACCCACACCAGAGAAAAACCCUACAAGUGUCAUGAAUGUGGGAAGACCUUCAGUCAGAGCUCCAAUCUUUUCAGACAUAAGAAAAGACACACUAGGGAAAAGGUCCCAUUAGUGUCAUGAGGGAAUCAAAGCAUUUACUCAGAUCUUUUUACAACAGGGAAAAAGACACGAGGCACAAACACUCCUUCAGUAUAAAUCAGUUUUAGUGGGCGCCAGUUUCAUAUCAAGGUUCAUAAAAGCCACUAGGGGAAAAUGUAGAAUAUUUUACGUAUAUGGCCAUUGUUUGCUUUUCUGCUUAUUAAUACAGUGUCAAUUCAGAUGUUUGAAAUUCUACCUUAAUUCAGAUUUCCUUCCCCAAGCAGCCCAUGACAAGACAUUCUUGGACAUGUUUUCUAUUUUCAUUACUAACAUAAGUAAUGUAUUAGAAUAGUCUUUGUUUUUUUCCUGUUGAGAAGGAAUGUGUGAGUUACCCAAUAUAAAAAUUGAUAUAUUCCUGCAUAUCAUGACUUGAGCAUUAGGAUUCUAAAGAAUUAUUUACUUUCCUGUAUUUGUCUUCUGUUACCAGAUUCCAAAUAUGGGAAUAGGAUUGUGGAGAGCCCCCCCCCAAAAAAAUAUAUAUAUAUAUGUACCUCAAGACCUAGGCUGAAAUGUCCAGGGUCAUUGUUAGGAGGUGGGUGAGUAAAGGGACUUAAUCUUUUGUAAAAGCUCACAAGAACCUACAAACUGUUGAUGAUACUAAGUAAAUUAUCUGUGUAGGGAAAAAAUAAUCUCUUUUAAAAUGUAAUUUGGAAAGAACUCAAUGAAAUCUUCAACAUGAUUUAUGACUUCAGGGAGAGGUCUAAACUUAAGGAAUGUCUUAUAAUAAACAGGGCUGAUCACUGGAUGCUUAUAUAGGUUAGUGAUCAUCUUAAUAUAAAGAAAGAAAGGGAGAUGAAGAACCUGACUGUCCAAAUAAGACUGACAGAACAUAAAUAUCAACAAGUGCAAUGCAUGAUGGAGAAGCGCACCACUUCUGGGAAAGGAAGCCCUCAGUAGCCAACGACUGUCCCUCAGUGUUCUUUGUGUCCCCUUUUCUGGCAUAAGUCAGCUGUGAAUGUCUUGAGCAUCAUAAGAGCCUUUUUAAGAGUGUUGUAUAUAUUUAGUAACAUGAAUUUCUAGAUAAGCCAUCAGAAAAUGAAACACUGGAUUUUGUUGCUCUUGUACAAAUGAGGAAAUCACUAAAAUUCAAUUUAAAAGUCUACCACAGUCUCUUACAUGUUGAAUCUAACCAUUAUAGUUUAUAAGCUUAAAAGACAACAGUUUUAGAGUAUCUUAUUUGUCCUAACAUCUAUAGGGUAUGAGGAACAAGAAGUUUUACCCAUAUUUAAUUCAAUCACAUUCUCCAUUUAAAAAUAAUAUGACUGAUUUGUGUAUUAUUAAAAUUAUCCUGACAGUAUACAACCUAAUGUUCCUUUUCCAGGGAUUCUUGAUAAAACUACGUAAUAAAUUACAGUAAUACACUUCGUGUUUCCCAAGAUGCUACAGUUACUAAAUAUGGAGGAAAACAUCAGAAGUGAAGGUCCUUGGAAGGAGAAGGGAAGGAGAGGCUCAUAGUGAAAUUUGCCUGAUUGGGAUCCUCAUAAGUGCAGACAUUUCAUUCUCAGAAAAUACAACCUCAUCUAGUGCUUAGAGUAACUCCAGAAAUGAAUGUGGGAUUGAUGUGUUCUGGUUAGUUUGUUGAUAAUAUAAGAUAAUAGGGGGAGAAGUGAUUGCAGAUUUUGAAUACGGAAUUUUCUGAUAGUGAUUGACUGCAUUGUAGCUCUAGUGAAUAUGAUUAUAAAUUGGAUUUUGGGUUUUUUCAGUUAUUAUGAAUGUGGGAGUCUUUAUUUGGCCUCAUUCUCUUUGUAAUUAAAGAGACAAGCCAUCCACUAAAGCAACAAAUGCCUCAGAGAUAUGUACACUGUAAAUUAACUGUUUAAUUAUGGAAAGACAAAGUUUCUUAGGUACAAUGUGAAUAAAAAUGACAGACUCUAAAUCAGG